AUGGGAAUAAAGGAGGCAACAUCCAGUAUCGAGGCUGAGCCCGGCACGGGAGAGGAGGCAGCACCAGCUGGUAUUGAGGCUGAAUCUGCCACAGGAAUGAAGGAGGCAACAUCUAGUAUUGAGGCUGAACCUGCCACGGGAGAGGAGGCAACACCAGCGGGUAUUGAGGCUGAAUCCGCCACAGGAAUUAUCAAGGCUGAACCCGCCAUGGGAGAGGAGGCAACACCAGCGGGUAUUGAGGCUGAAUCCGCCACGGGAAUGAAGGAGGCAACAUCUAGUAUUGAGGCUGAACCCGCCAUGGGGGAGGAGGCAACACCAGCGUGUAUUGAGGCUGAAUCCGCCACGGGAAUGAAGGAGGCAACAUCUAGUAUCGAGGCUGAACCCACCACAGGAGAGGAGGCAACACCAGCGGGUAUUGAGGCUAAACCUGCCAUGGGAGGAGAGGAGGCAACACAGGUGUACAGUGACUAUGAGGCUUCUGAGUUUGACACAACCGUCUCUGGGAUCGAGAUCAAGGAUCUUGUGACAAGGGAGCUCCACAUAUUGAAUGGGAUAACCA